UUUUUUUUUUUUUUCUUACGUUUUGUCUUUCUCUCUUCAUUCUCCCUUUCUUUUUCUUUGAAAAACAAAUUACAUAAAUUUUACAAUGGCUGAUUAUUGUCCUGUUUAUGCUCCUUUCUUUGGUUCCAUGGGUUGCACUGCUGCCAUUGUCUUCAGUUGUCUUGGUGCUGCUUAUGGUACUGCCAAAUCUGGUGUAGGUCUUUCUGCCAUGGGUGUUCUUCGUCCUGAUCUUGUGUUGAAGUGUAUUGUGCCUGUGGUUAUGGCUGGUAUUUUGGGUAUCUAUGGUGUGGUCGUAUCAGUUUUGUUAUCUGGUGGUUUGGCUAUGAAGCAAACUUUGUAUAGUGGUUUCAUUCAAUUCGGUGCUGGUUUGAGUGUGGGUCUCUCUUGUUUGGCUGCUGGUAUUGCUAUUGGUAUUACUGGUGAUGCUGGUGUCCGUGCCACUGCUCAACAACCAAGAAUGUUCGUUGGCAUGAUUUUGAUUUUGAUUUUCGCCGAAGUGUUGGGUCUCUAUGGUCUUAUUGUCGCUUUAAUUUUGAACACUAAGGCUUCCGGUGGUGAAAACGCUUGCAACUAAAGAAGAAAUUGGAAACCAUUUUUUUUUAUUUGAUUGAAUAAACUAGUUUACCCAUGUUACGUUUGUAUAUCUUGCCAUUAUUGUUGUUAUGAUGAAUAUUGUGUUAUGAUGCAAUAAAAAAAAAAAGGAAUAUUUUUAUAUAUAUGUAUGUGUAUAUGUAUUGCCCACUA